UGACGAUGGUGAUGACGAUGGCUGUGCGUACGGUGUUGUUUUGUGUGCCACUAUCCCACCGUUGCUGCCGUGUGCCUCUGUAUGGUGUGUGUUGUGUGUGUUUUGCUUUGCUUGCGUAGCUCCUGCUGGACCUUGUGCAUGAUCUGAGCACGUGGUGACGUGGCUGUAUCAUGAACCUUGGAUGGGCUAUUCCAAAUCAAUGCAAAAGUCUGCUACCCUGCUAUCCUAAGCACUUGUCUCGCAUCUCACUCUAUUGAACUGAUACGCUGGUUCUCAUUGACCACAUGCAUCCUUCGUCUCCUCCGCUUGUGGAUACUCGGUUUCCUUCAACGCGUCAGCAUCAAGAUGGCUGCCCGUAUUGUUCGUCGCUUCGCCAGCACAGCGCCCAAGACGCCAUUGUUUGGUUUGACCAAGUAUGGCGGCCGCCGCACUGUGACACUCAUCCCUGGUGAUGGCAUUGGUCCCGAGAUCACCACCGCCGUCCGCGAGCUCUUCGAGUGGAUGAAGGUCCCCGUUGACUUUGAGGUCAUCGACUUCCACGGUGCUGACCCGGAUGCGGAGAAGCGCAUGGACGACGCCAUCACGUCUCUUCGCAGGAACGGCGUUGGCCUCAAGGGUAUCCUGUCGACGCCCCAGGGCCGCGCCACCCGCACCUCCCUCAACAUCAAGCUCCGCACGGAGCUGGAUCUGUUUGCCAACGUCAUCUUCUGCAAGACGCCCGCAGGCCUGCCGACGCGCCACGACGAUGUGGACAUUGUUGUCGUGCGCCAGAACACGGAGGCGGAGUACUCGGGCCUUGAGCACGAGAUCUCGCCCGGUGUGAUUGAGAGCCUGAAGGUGAUUUCCCGCGAGGAGUCGAUGCGCAUUGCCAAGUACGCCUUUGACUACGCCGCAAAGACUGGCCGCUCGAAGGUGACGGCGGUGCACAAGGCCAACAUCAUGAAGCAGGGCGACGGCCUCUUCCUCCAGUGCUGCAAGGAGGUUGCCUCUCUCUACCCCAACAUUGUCUUUGAAGCCAUGAUUGUCGACAACACCAGCAUGCAGCUGGUGUCUCGUCCUCAGCAGUUUGAUGUCGUGGUCACGCCAAACCUCUACGGCAACAUCGUGGGCAACAUUGGCGCGGGUCUCGUUGGCGGCGCGGGUCUCGUCCCCGGAUACAACAUCGGAAACGACAUUGCCGUCUUCGAGCCGGGUGCACGCCAGAUCCAGCAGAGCCUGACCGGCAAGGGCGUCGCCAACCCCGUCUGCAUGAUCUCGUCCGGUGCCAUGAUGCUGCGCCACCUCGGCAUGGACACGUUUGCGUCUCCGAUUGAGAAGGCGGUGCGCAGCGUGCUGACGCGCGGGGAUGUGCGCACACCCGAUAUGGGCGGCGAUCACACCACUGCCGACAUGUCUCGCGCCAUCAUCGACGAGGUUGAUGCCAUCCUCACGGGCGCCGAGGCCUCCGCUUAAACACACGCACACACGCACACGCAUGUGAACUGACGUGCGCUGGUUGUGCUGCGUGCGCUCUCAUCAUGUCACUGUACCGUCCUCCUCCAUGCCUUGAUUGAUGUGUCAGUGUUGUUUGGUGCCAUGUCUUUGUUUGCCGCUUUUGGUUGCUCCCCCCCCCCAUUCUACGUCCCUUGUCGUGCUUCACACUAGCCCACUUCUUUCUCUGUCAAGUCACACAGCUUUCUUCCAUCGCUCGUUUUGGUCUGUGAACAGUACAACUACUCUGUGACUCACACCACUGCCUCUCGGUUUCGUGUCAUCGUGCAUCGACCACCCUCGCAAGGUGUCCACCGCCCACUUGCUGUAGUUGAUGCUUGUGUCGCCCUCAUUGCAGGUUCUUGUUCAUUCGAAUUAUCACUGCGCCUGUCAAAACAACAACAGCAAG